AUGUCGGCCAGUAUCAAGGCGAUCGAUACCACCUCGGUCCACCGGAUCCAUUCUGGUCAGGUCGUCCUCGACCUCCAGAGCUGUUUGAAGGAGCUGGUAGAGAAUGCCCUUGAUGCGGGCGCUACCAGCAUAGAUGUCCGGAUCAAAGACUACGGGACGACCUCUAUUGAAGUGGUGGAUAAUGGCAGUGGGAUUGCUGAGUCCGACUGGCCAUAUAUCGGCCUCAAGCACCAUACCUCGAAGCUACCGGAGCUGGCGCUCUUGCCAUCGGUUGACACCUUCGGAUUCCGGGGCGAGGCACUCUCGGCGCUGUGUGCGCUAUGCGAGAGCGUGACUGUUGUGACUAGCACCAAGGAGACGGAGCCUAUGGGGGCGGUCAUCCAGCUAGGGAGGGAUGGACGGGUGAUGGAUCACACGGCGAGAGUGGCUAAGCCUAGAGGAACGACUGUCACACUGUCCGGUCUCUUCGUACCCCUCCCGGUCCGGCGCAAAGAGUUCGAGCGAAACGCCAAGAAAGAGCUCACAAAGGCUCUGAGCCUGCUCACGGCGUACGCCCUCAUCCCCGCCUCCUCUACCCCCGAUACUCCGGGCGUCAGACUCAAAGUCGACGGGAUCACCACCAAGCGCGCCAAUCUGCUAUCGAACGACGGCCGAGGCGAUCUACGUACCAACGUCCAGGCUGUGUGGGGCAGUAAAGCUCUCGACGGGGUCACCGAAGUGGAUAUCGCGCUGGACGUGACGAUAGACCGGAUGGCGAGGCGGGAGGGGGACGAGGCGGCCAGUCAGACUGUACAGGUCAAAGGGUUGCUCUCGUCCGCUGCAUGGGGACAGGGCCGGAACGCGGCGGACAGGCAGUUCUUCUAUGUCAAUGGGAGACCGGCGGACCUCAAGUCGAUCCAGAAGGUGGUCAAUGAGGUGUACAAGUCAUUCAACACCAACCAGGUUCCACUGGCUAUUCUCGACUUCAUCAUCCCGAGAGAAUCGGUCGAUAUCAAUGUCUCGCCCGAUAAGCGCACAAUCAUGCUGCACUCGGAAUCCAACCUUCUUUCGGCGCUCCGGAUCGGUCUUGAGUCGUACUUUGCACCAUCGCGGUCGACGUUUGCCAUUGAGGGCGCAACACAGUCGGGCAAAGCGGCCAAACCAACGCAAGGCAGGCUGGUGUUGCCGUCGGCGAGCACGGCGACGCUUGUCGCUCCGGAAGCGCCAGAGGAGGAGGAGCUCUCGGAGGAGGAACCUGAGCCCGAAGCGGAAUCGCCCAGCCCGCCACCUAGGGCAUCACGCCCGGGACCGUCCCGGACUCGCGAGCGAGGACAACAAGACGACAUCAACGAUCCCCCUUCUCAGCGCUCCCGAUCAUCCUCGUCACGAUCUGUUCCGACCGCAGCCAUCUCGCCCGCCUCACCCGCCCGGAAGCGCACUCAGGGUGUUAUCGAUACUACCACAGCCAGCUGGAGUCCGGAACGGAAGGCAGCGGCGGCGGCCAAGAAGGCGAAGACGAAGGGAAGUGGACAGGAGGCGAGGAAGAGUCUGAGGGAGAGGCUGAAGGUGUAUAGUCAGGCGGAGGUGGUUGUUGUGGAUGAUGAAGAGGAGGAAAUGGAGGAGGAAGAGGGGAUGGACGAAGGGUCAGGAAACGGGGAUGAAGACGGGAGUGGGGUAGAAGCGGUACUGGCCGUGGCGGAGCUGGCGGAGCUGGCGGAUACGGACACUGAAUCGAUGGACGGCGUCGGGGAGGCGGACAAUGAAGGGGCCGAGGACGGAGAGGACGCGGAAGAGGGAGAAGAAGAGAUGGAUCUCGACCAGGGAGGUGAUGAGGGGGAGGGAUCGCCAACGGACACGCCUGAGGAUUCUGGCGAUUUCGAAAUCGAUGAGAAGAUGGCAGCCCCACCGCCUCCAGCUGCAGUCGGCAGAUCGAAUCGCCGUCGAGUGGCGUCCUCAUCACCAGCUCCAUCACCCAUAAAGACCCGUACGCCGUCCAGCGGUGCUGCCAAUGGUACCGCCUCCGCCCGAGAUCUUCAGGAAUACCGCUCCGAGAUCCCCUCGUCCACCACCUCUGGCGAAAUCACCCUAUCCUUUUCCCUCCUACGACUGCAAGCCCGCUACGCCCGCCGAGCCCGCAUCCGGUCCAGCGAUGCGUCCGCAACCCCUUCCGCAUACCCCAAACUCGAACGAUCAGGCGUCACGGCCGACGCGGGCAUUUCGAACCGGGAUGCCCAAACUGCCGAAGCGGCCCUGUCGCGGGUCAUCUCCAAGCCUGAUUUCGGGCUCAUGGAGGUUAUAGGCCAGUUCAACAAGGGGUUCAUCAUUGCCCGUCUGGCCAAGGAGGGGGGACCGGACGAUCUGCUUAUCGUCGACCAACACGCGUCGGACGAGAAGUUCAACUUUGAGACAUUGCAGCGGACAACGCAGAUCAAGGGGCAGUCGCUGAUCAAGCCGAAACCGUUAGAUUUGACAGCCGCGGAUGAGUUGACAGCCAUUGAGAAUCUGCCGGUCUUGCGCGCGAACGGGUUCGAGGUGGAUGUGGAUGAAGAGAAGCCGCCGGGGAGAGGGGAAAGGAUCAAGCUGGUAGCUAUGCCAGUGAGCAAGGAUACGGUGUUUGACUUCAAGGAUCUGGAACAGCUACUUCACCUCCUCUCGGACUCGUCUCACGCAACAGGACAGAUGGUGCGGUGUACAAAAGCGAGGAGCAUGUUUGCGAUGCGGGCGUGUAGGAAGAGCGUGAUGAUUGGGAAGAGUCUGACCAAGGGGCAAAUGACGCAGCUGGUGCGGAAUAUGGGUACUAUCGAUCAGCCAUGGAACUGUCCGCAUGGCCGUCCGACGAUGCGCCAUCUGACCAAGAUUGAGGCAAAGCCAGAAACAGGACGACGGCGGAUAGACUGGGCGAGCUGGGCGGCCUGA